CUGCAGGAAGACGAAGGGGGAGGGGGAGGGGGAGGGGGGGGAAGGACGGUAGAGGAUUGGAGAUAGAAUCAAUAGGCAUGAAUCUGGUCUUGAUGUCGGGCGGAGCAUCGAGUGCGAGACGAGGGACUAUGGAAUCGACGACGAAGACGACGAAGUGUGGGAGGAUGAGAAGAAGAAGGGAGCAGAAUGUAGGGGUAAUGGCCAUAGCCGACUUAGCGAGAAUGAUGAAACACGCUUACAGACUUUGGGAAGCUGUUCAGAAGGAUGCAGGAAUGAGGGUGAUAACCAGGACGGGGGGCUUGGAUUUCGGCCCACGAGAUAAUGCAGAUCUCCAGGCGCUUGUAACAUCUGCAAGGAACUUCAGCAUAGCACACCAUGUGCUCACAGCGGAUCAGGUCAUGAGACACUUUCCAGCUCUCCGACUGCCCCAGGAUAACGUUGGUGUGUACAGCCCUGAUGGAGGUGUUAUUCAUGCCACAAAGGCGGUAGCGAUGUUCCAACACCUUGCCAGGAGAUAUGGGGCAAAGCUAAGGGACAGAACGAAGGUGGGUUUCACUCUCCAACUGACGCGUGCCGAGGAGGAGGAGGAGGAGGAGGAGGAAAAGGAGCAAAAGGAGCAUGCAUGUCAUAACCAAGACAAAGGUGAUGAGGACAAAGGGGUUGCAAAAAACUCCAUCACGACAGCUGGCUAUUGCCUUCUCCCUGCCUCUGUCGUGAGCAAAGCUGUGGUGUGCAGCUGCACAUGAGCUUGGAGCAGAUGGCUUCUCAAAGACGUAUGCGGCUAUGAGCUCCCGGUUGAACCGUUGCAUGUCACGGUUGCUUACUGGAGGGUGGAGCAACAAGAGGCACUUUGUGCAAUGGCAGGGUUUCCCAUCUUUCUGAGCUACAAUGAACACACCAUAUUCGGACUUCCUGUUUUGGAGUAUCCUGGGCUUGUCAAGGUUUGUCUGCAUGCAGGAUCACGGUGCAACCCAAAUCGCAGGUCAUUUGCGCCUGAAAUCGAACCCCUGAUGAGGCAUGUUGCCCCAUUUUUGGAGAAGCACUUUGCAAGCCAUGUGGAUGUGAGAGAACCAGCUAUGGCUGACACUUGUCUAUACGCGAUGACUCCAGACGAAGACUUUUUGAUUGAUUUUGUUCCAGUUGCACAUUGGGGAGGUGUGGGCCAGGGUCCAAAGGAUGAGAAUUCCAUGGAGAUUGAUGUUGAGCCGAGAUUGAGGAAAUCACCCAUUGUCAUUGCUGCUGGAUUCUCGGGUCAUGGGUUUCAGAUGGCGCCACUUGUGGGGAAAGCAGUCGCCGAUCUUGUGACGACAGGUACGAGCAAAGAUAUCCCGCUUGAGCAGUUCUCACUUCGGCGGUUCCACCGUAACACUGGAGCAAAGGGCGAUGAAACGACAAUGCGGCCGCACGUCAGAUCGUCUUUGUGACAGCGAUGGGAGGUCGGGAAACAGGGGGUGAAAAGGAGAGGAAUGGAUACUUGCAGCGGGGACGACGGGAGUGUGAGUGAAGGAGAGGUAGAAGAAGUCGAGAGAGCGCAGGAAGAACGAAGCAAGCAUGCAAACUGUGGAUGUGAGGAACAGAGGAUCGUAAGACAUGCUGGCUACCAGUCGGCAUGCUCGCUAAUGAGAGAGAACGGCGAUGAUGGAAAAAACAGCUAUGGUGGAGGUGUGUGGGAUGAUGUUAGCAGAAGAGGAGAGAAGGCAAGCAGUGGCAGUCAAGCAGGUGAUAUUAGGAGGCCGUUUGAGGUUGCGCAUGGUGUGUGAAGAUGACAGCCGAGAGAUCUGUCAGACCUAGAGGUAUGCUUGCUUGAUGUCCGUGUCCCUUUCAUCUGUCACUCUCUCUCUUUCUCUCUUUAAUUCUGUUCUUGUUGUGCCCAAUACAUUUUUUAUUAUAUAUAUAUUUAUUUGACGAUAUAUAUAUAUAUAUAUAUAUAUAUAGAUUGCUGGGGAGCCCUCCUUUUUCCCGUCCUCCAUGUAAGUUCUGAAUUUGAGAUGCUAUGCUGCAGAUCGCCAGAUCUGCCAUUGCAUUUCUUUUUUCCCACGAGGGGAGGGGUGUGGUCGUGGAAUCAUCUGUGCUUUUGGCCCUUUUCAAAGAUUAUUUGAGAGUUCUUGGUGGUGCUGUUCGAUGCGAUAAAUAUUUUUUUUUAGUUAAGGACCUGUGCAGUGAUUGUGUGCAGACAGGUUUGAGGGAGAUGUGCGGCCUUUGGGUGUGUUCUCUCAUGCUUUGGAGUUUUAAAGUGGUGCGGAAGUUGCUUUCACCACAACAGGCUCGUUUACCAUAAGGACCAGAUUGAUUGGUGACCUUCGAUUGUGCACAUUAUAUUUAUUGAAAUUUAUUCCCAUGCCACAAAGCUGCAAUUUGAGAAGUCUGUUCCAAGGGUAGAUGGUUUGAAUCGAAGAAGACAAGGGAAUGAUGCCGGUGGGAAGGGAUCGUGAUACAAGAGAGACAUGCAGGAGGAGGAUGUAGAGAGACAAGUACAGGAUGGUUAACUUCGUCGGAUACAAGGUUUGCCUUCAUUCAUAGUCAUCGUGAUCGUCAUGAUGAUAGGAGCAAUGAGGUAAGCCCUACGAGAUCCCGUUGCUGGCGGUGAUGGGUGGAAAUCACCAGCGCCUAGGGAUCAUCAGGCUAAAUCAUCGUGUUGGCCGACGGGUAGGCUGAAUAUGUGCAGCGGCGAUUUAAGCUGAUUUUCUUAGGCUGUUGGAAUCAGAUCAUAUGUACAGUCAGUACGGGUGGGGCCACUUAAUUGGCCCCCUUUGCAACUAGGCCAAUCUGGAGGAGGGUUCGUGUUUGAACCAAGGUCGUCAGCGUUGGGAGAUCAGACGAUCUGUUGAGGAAAGUGAGGUGAUAUGUUUUAAGAUUGUCUCGGGACCAACGCCCGUAAAUGAGCAUGGAUGGCGUCGGGACUAAUCUGUGGCUGACCUGCUGAAGGAGUACGGAACUAUGCGUCCAUCGGCCGUGGGAAUGGGUCCCAUAAGAUGGGCCAUAAUAAGAAUGGAAUACGUCGUUGCAUGACUUACCGACGAGAAAAGGCAGACAGGUUGUAGAAUGUUCUUUGCGCAAAGGCCCGCAGCAGGAUCUCCGUGACCGAGAUCGAGGGCCUUCCAGGAGCAUCUGGUUGCCGCGGCAUUGACAGGCGAUGGGAUUGACGGCCCAUUGGGAAAUGAUAAAACCUGCAGCACUGC